GCGAGUCAGCAUGUUGAUGGCGUUUGCCUUCCCACUUCCGUCCAGCGUCAAGUCUCUUGUUGAAAAUAUUUCAAUUACAUCAAACAUUUUGUUGGAUUUGUAACAUUCGUACAACUUUGAACGUGUUCGCCACCCAAAAGGAGUAUUUCGGCUCUGAAGUGACUGUCAAGACCGGCUGCCCAUUCGCGUAAUCCAGCUGGAUGUGUGUUGUCUUCACGCCCGACUGAGAUGAAGCAUCAGAAGACCAAGUAGAACGCCGUAGAAAAAAAAAAAGCACAAAAGAUGGGUGAAGUGACUCGAGCUGCUGAUGACGGGGCGAAGCAAUCCUCCCUUCCAGAACCGCUGCUCAUCAUCCUGGCCCCGCCUCCACCUUUCCUCCCACUGGCGGACGACCAGAGCACUUUUUGGCACAAGUGGCUGAAAGCCUUCGAGCGCUACCUGAGGGCGCUCGGCGAAGAGCAGCUGACCGACUCCAGUAAAUGCGCACUUUUGCAGAACUGCCUCGGCCAAGACGGUCAGCACGUCUUCGCGGCGCUGGUCCCGCAGGACAGCUCGUACGCGGCGGCCAUCGCGGCGCUGACCGCCUACUUCAGCGGCGAUCUCGGCUCUCAGGCCAGCUUGCUCCGCUUCCACCAGAGAGCCCAGAUCGCCGACGAGAGCGCGGAGCAGUUUGUGCGCGCCUUGGCGGCUCUGCUGGCACCUUUCGACUGCGGCGCCUCGCACGAUGAGCUGAUCCUGAGUCAGCUGAUUGAAAAAACCAAGUGGCCGAAACUCCGAGAGCGGCUGCGCUCGCAAAGGGAAACGCUGACGUUGGCCGAGGCUUUGCAGAUCGCUAAAGCGGUGGAGUCUGGCAUGAAUGACGGUGACGAGGAUGUGAAGCCUCUGGUCCAACUACGUAAAAGCGGAAGACAUCGGAAGGUCAAAUUGGAGCCCGGCGACAGCGGCUCUCCGUCGCGUCUCAUAAAGCAAGAGGAAAGCUCAGAUGAAGCGAACAGCGACGAAGACCAGGCUCCCAAAAGACGUCGUACAUGUCCAGUGUGCACGGACCGACACUUCCCCAACAUGCACAAGCUGGCCCGACACAUGAGGACGCACACCAACGAGAAACCCUUCAGCUGCCCCGUCUGCGGCACGCUCUUCAGCCAGUCCUACCACAUGACCCGGCACAUGCGGGUGCAGCACAACGCCGCCCAGCACGUGUGCCCCGUGUGCUGCGACAGCUUCAAGAGCAUGGACGAACUGAAGAACCACAAGAGGACGCACCUCCCGCAGAUCCUUCUGUGUCCUUACUGUCCCGAGAGGUUCCCGGACGACGACGCCUUUUUAAGCCACGUCGCAACCCACACGGGGAACAAGCGGGAAGGUGACACGCCCGUAGAAGCGAUGGCGUCUUCUAAAGAGGACGUAGAGGACAAGGACAAAAAUGAGCCAGUUGUUUGGAGGGAGACGUCUUCUCCUGUCGGAGCCGCCGGCACCUGCAAGAAGAACUACGUGUGCUCCAUGUGCAACUCCAGCUUCAACCGGGCCGGCAAGCUCGCCCGACACUAUCGGACGCACACAAAGGAGAAACCCUUCCGCUGUCCCGUCUGCUCGCUCGGCUUCAGCGAGUCGUACCACAUGACCCGGCACCAGCGGCAGAAGCACGGGCUGCGGCCGUACACCUGCCCCAAGUGCGGCAAGACCAUGAGCACCUGGCAGGAGCUGAAAAAGCACCGCACGACUCACUCGGCUAAAAGACUGAUGUGUCCCGCCUGCAAGGAGUGCUUCAAAAACAAAGCCCUCUUGGAGAGUCACCUCAAAUCCCACACGGAGAUCCCGUCGGACCCGCACUCGCUCAUCUGCACCGAGUGCGGGAAAGUGUUUGGCCGCAAUUACCACCUGAAGAGGCACAUCAUGGCGCAUCGCAAGGCGGGCAACGGCGAAUGCUACACCUGCGCCGAGUGCCACAGGAGCUACGCCUUUGCGGAGGACCUCAAAAAACACCUGAGGAAGCAUGAUAAGGAGAACAGCGGAACGUGUCCGAGAUGCGAGCAGAAGUUCGGCAGUCGGGAGGAGCUGGAGGUGCACAUGGCGGCUCAUAAGACCAGCUACCUGUGCAGCGUCUGCGGGAAGAAGUUCAAGGUGGAGUACGCCCUGAAGAAGCACGAGCAGAAGCACAAGGAGGCGCACUACUAUUGCACCUUGUGCGACAAGAGUUUCAGCAAGCUGUCGCACUACAAGCGGCACGAGGCGGUGCACGACCGGCGCGAAUGCAGAUGUCCGCACUGCGACUGCAUCUUUCUCAAGCGCACGGCCCUGAAGCACCACCUCCAGACGCACACUGAGGAGAGACCCCACCAGUGCACCUGGUGCGUGGAGACCUUCGAGGACAAGGAGAGCCUGGAUCUCCACUGCCUGAAGCACAGGAAGUUCCGGAAAGAGCGCCCGUACCACUGCACCCGCUGCGACCACGCCUUCGCCACGCUGGCGGAGCUCACCGGGCACAUGGGCGACCACGGCGGGCAGCCGCCGCUCAACUGCGAGAUCUGCGGCCGCACUUUCCUCAACCGCAGCAAGCUGGAGAGGCACCUGAGCAUCCACACAGGCGAGCGGCCGCACCUGUGCGCGCACUGCGGCAACGGCUUCCCGUCGGCCGCCGGCCUCAAGCAGCACGUGCACAUCCACACGGGCGAGAAGCCCUUCUCGUGUCCGCAGUGCGCCAAGUCCUUCAGCUCGGCCAGCGGGCUGCAACUGCACAGCCGGAAGCACACGGAGGCCCCGCGCAGGUUCGAGUGCCCCGACUGCGGCCGGACAUACGGCCGCAUGACGGAGCUGAAGAUGCACCAGCGCUACCACAUGGGGGACAAGCCUUUCUCCUGCACGUACUGCAGCAAAAGCUUCGUCAGCAAACACAAGCUGAUGGUUCACACUCGCGUCCACACGGGCGAGAGGCCGUACUCGUGUCCCCACUGCGGACAGACUUUCACGCAGACCGGAGACAGGAACAGACACAUCAAUAAGUUCCACUCGUGAGACGUGACGAGACUUGAGAUGGGAGUUUAAAAGCCUACUGAAACCCACUACUACCGACCACGCAGUCUGAUAGUUUAUACAUCAAUGAUGAAAUAUUUACAUUGCUACACAUGCCAAUAUGGCCGGUUUAGUUUACUAAAUCCAUCCAUUUCCUACCGCUUAUUCCCUUUGGGGUCGCAGAGGGUGCUGAAUGGCAAUUUUAAAUUUCCCGCCAAGUGUCCUGUUGAAAACGUCGCAGAAUGAUGACGCUUAUGUUGACGCGUGCUUGUGGCGUUAUUGGUUGUAGCGGACAUUUUAUCCCAGCACCCCUCACAGCUAAAAGUUGUCUGCUUUAAUCGCAUAAUUACACAGUAAUUUGGACAUCUGUGUUGCUGAAUCUUUUGCAAUUUGUUCAAUUAAUAAUGGAGACGUCAAAGAAGAAUGCUGUUGGUGGAAAGUGGUGGAUUGCAGCUGCCUUUAGCAACACAAACACAGCCGGUGUUUCUUUGUUUGUUGUGAAGCUUCAAUAUGGAACAGAGCGGUCAAGCAAACAUGUUUCUCUACCACAUGUCAGCCGGCAGGUUUCGGUGAGAAAAUUGUGAUAAUAAGUCGGCUCUUACCGUAAACAUGAGUGGAGCUUGUGUCGUUCUUCCUGCAGUUAAAGAGGCAGCUGCGACUUAUUUGGCUCCUCCAUGGCAUCCCUCAGAGACACCGGUGGUCACCACACCCCUCCGACUUUCAGAUAUGACUUUAUAAUCUCACUAAAACACUAGUAACAGAUAAGGGAUUUUCCAGAAUUAUCCUAGUAAAUGUGUCUAAUAACACCUGAAUCGCUCCCACUGCCCUCGUCUUUUAUUUAUUUAUUUUUUCUUUUUCUAGUCCUUCACUCUCACUAUCCUCAUCCACAAAUCUUUCAUCCUCGCUGAAAUUAAUGGGGAAAUUGUCGCUUUCUCGGUCCGAAUCGCUCUUGCUGCUGGUAUCCAUGAUUGUAAACAAUGUGAGGAGCUCCACAACCAGUGACGUCACGCGCACAUCGUCUGCUACUUCCGGUACAGACAAGUUUUUUUUUAUUAGCGACCAAAAGUUGCGAACUUUAUCAUGGAUGUUCUCUACUAAAUUCUUUCAACAAAAAUAUGACGAUAUCGUGAAUGUAUGACACAUGGAAUGGACCUGCUAUCCCCGUUUAAAUAAGAAAAUCAAAUUUCAGUAGGCCUUUAUAUCAAUGCUCGCAUGACUUUUCUUUGCCUAAACAAGCAUGCCUUUUCAAUUGUAGACUCUUGGUGAGAAUGUGAGCACGGGUGCUUGUUUUUCUUUGUGUGCUGUGAUUGGCUGGUGAGCGAUUCAGGAUGUAGACCCCAGCUCAGCCCUGACAAAGAUAAGCGCUGGGGAAAAAAAGGGGAAACACAAGUCACUUUUCAACCAUCAUUUAAAGGUCUACUGAAAUUAGAUUUUCUUAUUUAAACGGGGAUAGCAGGUCCAUUCUAUGUGUCAUACUUGAUCAUUUCACGAUAUUGCCAUAUUUUUGCUGAAAGGCUUUAGUAGAGAACAUCGACGAUAAAGUUUGCAACUUUUGGUCGCUAAUAAAAAAGCCUUGCCUUUCCUCACAUUGUUUAUAAUGGGAACCUCCAACCUCUUGGUGAGAAUGUGAGCACGGGUGCUUGUUUUUCUUUGUGUGCUGUGAUUGGCUGGUGAGCGAUUCAGGAUGUAGACCCCAGCUCAGCCCUGACAAAGAUAAGCGCUGGGGAAAAAAAGGGGAAACACAAGUCACUUUUCAACCAUCAUUUAAAGGCCUACUGAAAUGAGAUUUUCUUAUUCAAACGGGGAUAGCAGGUCCAUUGUAUGUGUCAUACUUGAUAAUUUCACGAUAUUGCCAUAUUUUUGCUGAAAGGAUUUAGUAGAGAACAUCGACGAUAAAGUUUGCAACUUUUGGUCGCUAAUAAAAAAAGCCUUGCCUUUCCUCACAUUGUUUAUAAUGGGAACCUCCAAAAAAAAGAGCUAUUCGGACCGAGAAAACGACAAUUUCCCCAUUAAUUUGAGCGAGGUUGAAAGAUUUGUGGAUGAUUGUAUUGAUAGUGAAGGACUAGAAAAAAAUAAAUAAAUAAAGUUUUAAAAAAAAAAGGCAAUUGCAUCGUGAGCGAUUCAGAUGUUUUUAGACACAUUUACUAGGAUAAUUCUGGAAGAUCCCUUAUCUCAGUGGUUCUUAACCUGGGUUCGAUCGAACCCUAGGGGUUCAGUGAGUCAGCCUCAGGGGUUCCGCGGAGGUCAAAACACACCCGACUCAUCGUGUAAAUACAAACUUCUCCCUAUCGGCGUAUUACGGAUACGGCAACAGCUGACUAAAUUUGAAGGUGUGUAAUUUGUUGUGAGUUCAUGCACUGUGUUGGUUUUGUUGUUUGAACAAGGUGAUGUUCAUGCACGGUUCAUUUUGUGCACCAGUAAAAAAUACAUGGUAACACUUCAGUAUGGGGAACAUAUUCACCAUUAAUUAGUUGCUUAUUAACAUGCAAAUUAGUAACAUAUUGGCUCUUAACUGGUGAUUAUUAAGUACUUAUUAAUGCCUUACCUUCGUAUUGUGUGCAGUCCUGGGUUCAAAUCCAGGCUCGGGAUCUUUCUGUGUGGAGUUUGCAUGUUCUCCCCGUGAAUGCGUGGGUUCCCUCCGGGUACUCCGGCUUCCUCCCACCUCCAAAGACAUGCACCUGGGGAUAGGUUGAUUGGCAACACUAAAUUGGCCCUAGUGUGUGAAUGUGAGUGUGAAUGUUGUCUGUCUAUCUGUGUUGGCCCUGCGAUGAGGUGGCGACUUGUCCAGGGUGUACCCCGCCUUCCGCCCGAUUGUAGCUGAGAUAGGCGCCAGCGCCCCCUGUCACCCUGAAAGGGAAUAAGCGGUAGAAAAUGGAUGGAUAUUAAUGCCUUAUUCGGCAUGGCCUUAUUAUAACUCUAACCCUGACCCUAACCAAAUAACUCUAAAUUAAUUCUUUAUGACUUAGAAUAUGUUCCCCUAGUGUCCAAAUAACUCUAAGUUAAGUCUUUGUUACUUAGAAUAUGUUCCCAUACUGGCUUCACGGUGGCAGGGGGGUUAGUGCGUCUGCCUCACAAUACGAAGUUCCUGCAGUCCUGUGUUCAAAUCCAGGCUCGGGAUCUUCCUGUGUGGAGUUUGCAUGUUCUCUCCGUGAAUGCGUGGGUUCCCUCCGGGUACUCCGGCUUCCUCCCACUUCCAAAGACAUGCACCUGGGGAUAGGUUGAUUGGCAACACUAAAUUGGCCCUAGUGUGUGAAUGUUGUCUGUCUAUCCGUGUUGGCCCUGCGAUGAGGUGGCGACUUGUCCAGGGUGUACCCUGCCUUCCGCCCGAUUGUAGCUGAGAUAGGCGCCAGCGCCCCCCGCCACCCCGAAAGGGAAUAAGCGGUAGAAAAUGGAUGGAUGGAUGUUCCCAUACUAAAGUGUUACCAAAAACAUAUAUUUUUGUCUUGAAUUUGAAAAAAAUACAUAUAUUUUAUUUUUCUCUAAAGAAGGGUUCGGUGAAUGUGCAUGUGAAACUGGUAGGGUUCGGUACCUCCAACAAGGUUAAGAACCACUGCCUUAUCUGCUUAUUGUUUUAAUAGUGUUUUAGUGAGAUUUUAAAGAUUGCAAAGACAUCCCUCGAGGUCGGAUGGCUGCGGUGAACACGCAGUGUCUCAGAGAGAAGCCGAGGAGCCAAGCUCACAGCUGCCUUUUUUGACAUGACAGCUGCUGCAGGACGACGAAUAAUCCAUUGAUGUCUCCGGUAAGAUAUACAUCACAAUUUCCCCAUCCAAAAACAUGCUGGUUGACGUGGAGAAAACAUGUUCGCUUGACCGCUCUGUGUUAAAGCUUCACAACAAGCAAAUAAACACCAGCUGUGUCUCGGUGCUAAAGACAGCUGCAAUUGACUGCUUUCCACCAACAGCAUUCUUCUUUAUAGUCUCCAUUAUUAAAUGAACAAAUUGCAGAAGAUUCAGCAAGACAGAUGUCCAAAAUACUGUGUAAUUACGCCAUGAACUGCUUUGAAAUAAGAGCUGUCUCCCGACAAACUGUUAUGCUUGAAGUCGCAAACAAUAAUUGAAGUGACAGACAUCCCCAAAAUUAGUUGGAAGCACAGAACGAUCCCACCAAAACAUCCGGUUUAUUUGCUAGCAUUGGCUUAGAGCAGUGGUUCUUAUUCCCACCUCAGAAAACACACGGUUCUCCAAGUACCACUAGAAUCAACAUCCUUAAAAUACAGUGUAGUAGGCUUAAAUAUUCAUUAUUACAAGGCAGAGGUUUUAUUUAACAAGUAUAUUUAAUAUUUUUGACCACUGUAACGUUACACCCAGUUUGAACAGUAACACUGUGUUUGACUAUAGAAAAAUAAAACACUGUACUUUAAUCAAGUGAGUCUUCGGCGUACGACCGAGAAUCACUGACUUCGAGCUGAGCGACAUAACUUUGUUUUUCCAAGCGUGUUAAGGACAGUGCUGAGAAGAAUUGGAUGAUAUUCAUUUAAUUAAAGAAAUAAAUCAUCAAAAUUCCCAUACUGAUGCAGGAUGAGUCACGCUUGCAAGAAUGUUAACAUAUUAUCUGAACUGCGGAUAUUUAUCUGUGAAAAUAUGGAGAAGCUGCUGAUGGUGUGUUUGAUGGAGAAGCAGCUGAAAGGAUAUACCCUUGAAGUCCACUCUCCAAUGUAAACGCUGUACAUUAUUAUUAAAUUAAUUCAUAAAACUACUUACAUCGUAUUGUGUUUAUACAAUAUUUAUUAUCUAAAAGUUUAUUUUUAAAAGGCAUGUUUUUGAUUGUUUUAAUUACGAGUUUUUGAUUCGAGAUACAAGUAUUGAGAGUUAAGAAGAACCGCUUAAGAUCGUAAGUUGAGGUACUACUAUACCAAUUUAAAAUGGAUGGACGAAUUUAGGAGCAUCUAGAAUGGAAAUGCAAUAAAAUUCCCAACUAAACUAAAGGUGUAUGAAGAAGAAAUUGUAAACAACUGAGGACUAGAAAGCAUUCGUUGUCAUGAAGGUGGAAAAAAGUUGUUUCUCUCCCGUCUCACAAGGAAAGUCGAGCCCAAAACCACUUCCUGUUUAAUGGACUGCCUUUCACAAGCAGGAAUAAAGAACACGCGGGAAAAAAGGCCGAUAAAAAGUGAACAAACUCGUACUUUUUGAUGGAAACAAAGCAGAGCAAUUGUGGUCUCCGGUUACUUCGGUGUUACAAAAAAUGACACGUUUUUUUAAAAGUUGAACCCAAAAAAUAGCUUUGGUUACUUUUUGAUUCAUCAUUUUUAUUACUUGUUUAUUUUUUUGCUUCUGUGUGGGAAAAAAAAAAGAAAAAAGUUGCGCUGCUUUAACAUCAUGCUAACACUGAUUUUGUUAGUUUCACUUUUUUCACAUUGGGACAUUUGUAAAGCGACAAUUUGACACAAAGUGGACUUUUUAAUUGUGAAAUGUGAGAAUUAUGAAAGGUAAUUCUAGUGUGAAAAUGAUGCACAUGUUGAACCGCAUGUUUAAUAAACUACCAAUUGUAGAGAGAGAGGCUGAUAAUAUGCUUUUUGAAGCCGACUUCAGUUUUGUCGUUUUGCUUAAAAUGUCGUAUUUGUAUGACGCUUGAACUGUUUUUCCACUUUUAAUGCGUGAAAAAAAACAAGGUGAGAAAUGUGUUUUUGUACGACCCAAAAAAGAUUUACCAACCAAAUAGAUUUUUUUUCAAACAAGAAAAAUUGAUAAUGUGUUCUACUUUUAUCAAAAAAGGAUGAAUUUGUUAUGUAGAACAUACUUAAUUUAUUAAUUAAUACAAAAAGUUUAGCAGCAAUUUUUGUUUUAUGGUUGCAAUUUAACUUCAAUCUGGUGGGCGGGGCGUUUUCUGAAUAAUAUGUUAGUGUUUUUUAUUGGUCAAACUCGGAUGAUCACGUGACUGGGGACUACUUCCCCUUUAACAUGGUAAGAGGGGGAAAUUGUGGACAAUACCGACUAAUAAAAAAGUGUAGUGGAAUUGUUGGCCUUUUGUACUAUAUUUUGUGUAUCAAAGUCCGGAAAGAGAGCGAGGUCGAAAAGCAUUAAGAAGGACACGAAAGUACAAGAAUGUCCACUCGUUUCUUUCUUUUCCUAUUUGGAACCAUUGAAGGAUCAUCCUUCCAUCCAUCUUCUUCCGCUUAUCCGAGGUCGGGUCGUGGGGGCAGCAGCCUAAGCAGGGAAACCCAGACUUCCCUCUUCCCAGCCACUUCGUCUAGCUCUUCCCGGGGGAUCCCGAGGCGAUCCCAGGCCACCCGGGAGACAUAGUCUUCCCAAUGUGUCCUGGGUCUUCCCCGUGGCCUCCUACCGGUUGGACGUGCCCUAAUUGUAGGUGAAAGUUGAACUUGUGGUCAGGCUAACCAUUCUACAAAAUGUUUUGAUUGUAUAUUAUGACUAAGGGAUUCAAGAAUGUAGCAGAACAAACAAGUCCGAAACAACGGGACCUUGACACAUGAGGGAAACAUAUAAAAGGCCAGUAGACCAAUAUUAUGGAGUGAUUUUGCUUGAGGCUUCACGGUGGCAGAGGGGUUAGUGCGUCUGCCUCACAAUACGAAGUUCCUGCAGUCCUGGGUUCAAAUCCAGGCUCGGGAUCUUUCUGUGUGGAGUUUGCAUGUUCUCCCCAUGAAUGCGUGGGUUCCCUCCGGGUACUCCGGCUUCCUCCAACUUCCAAAGACAUGCACCUGGGGAUAGGUUGAUUGGCAACACUAAAUUGGCCCUUGUGUGUGAAUGUGAGUGUGAAUGUUGUCUGUCUAUCUGUGUUGGCCCUGCAAUGAGGUGGCGACUUGUCCAGGGUGUACCCCGCCUUCCGCCCGAUUGUAGCUGAGAUAGGCGCCAGCACCCCCCACGACCCCAAAAGGGAAUAAGCGGUAGAAAAUGGAUGGGAUGGGAUGGAUUUUGCUUGAUUCUCAAUCACCCACGCCUCCGGAGGACUAAGUCUGUUUGCAUGGGCAAUCAAAUCCAAUUUUUUACUUUUGAUUAUGGGUAAAUAAAACUUUAGUACUAAACCA